CCCAUAAUGGCCUCUGCAGGGCUAGAGAUCAUGGCAAUGGGCCUCUGUAUCUUUGGCUGGUUGGGGACUAUCCUUUCAUGUGCAUUGCCCAUGUGGAAGGUUUCAGCAUUCAUCGGAAACAACAUUGUUGUGGCGCAGAUAAUCUGGGAGGGACUGUGGAUGAAUUGUGUUGUGCAAAGUACUGGCCAGAUGCAGUGUAAGAUCUAUGAUUCCAUGCUAGCCCUGCCUCAAGAUAUCCAAGCUGCCCGGGCCCUCAUGGUUAUCUCUGUGGUGCUUGCUGUCCUGGCAUUGUUGGUGAGUAUUGUUGGAGCCAAGUGUACCAACUGUGUGGAAGAAGAAGGUGCCAAGGCACGUAUUGUCAUUACCUCAGGUGCCUUCUUUAUCGUCUCAGGACUUCUCGCACUUAUUCCUGUCUGCUGGUGUGCCAACUCCAUCAUCCGUGACUUUUACAAUCCAAUUGUGGCUGAACCUCUCAAAAGGGAACUGGGGGCUGCUCUCUAUACUGGUUGGGCAGCUUCUGCCUUACUACUCCUUGGAGGAUCACUCCUGUGCUGCUCCUGCCCGCCACGGGACAACCGUUACCCAGGCCGUAUUGCAUAUUCUGUUCCAGCCAGAUCUACUGCUCCACCAGGCAGUACGAUUGACAAGCGAGAUUAUGUCUGAGCAGUUGUAGUGGUGAGGUGGUGAUGAAAUUUGCCAGAUACUGCAAGACCCCAAACUGAGACAGGCAUUAUUGGCCCAAGGACUUCUGGAACAAGAAGAUAG